AUGGAAGGCGUUUCCGUGCACCUUGUGAUUGGGAUGGUCGGACAAGAUUGGCAGCCUAUCUGGCAACCACGACCAGACCACCUGAUUGUUCCCGUUUUCCCACAACCAGUUUGGUCAUUGUAUCAUGGUGGAAACCAGGAUGGAGAGGUACACGAUGCGGUCGAGAUCAUGCCUUCAGGACAAGUUCUUAACGGCAUCGUUACUCCUGAUGGGAUUGCAAGAAGGGACAAGGUGGAAACAACAUCUUCAUGGUACUUUAUGGGUGCCGGUGUACUUGUACUCGGAGCUUCUCUCGGGUAUAUUCUUGGUCUUGUUUUGCGCUCGAGAAAAGAUGCUGCUUUGGGCAAUAGAUGGACUCCUGUGAAGAGUGAUGAAGCAUGA